CCUUGUUAAGGGUGUCUCAAUCUGUCUGAGCUCUCAGUGCCAAGCCUUCUUUCAAAAGAGACACUCUCUUACACAAUCUUCCAGGACCAAACAAGCAGUUCAACACACACACACACAGCGUCAGUGAGCAGCUAUAAGACACUGUCCACGGCAGCUGACGGUCACUCACAGAUUUCCACAGCUAUCAGGAUGGACGCUCUGAAGAAGGGAUUUUCCAUUGCCAAGGAGGGAGUGGUAGCAGCAGCAGAGAAGACCAAAGCAGGGGUGGAGGAGGCCGCUGCCAAAACCAUGGAGGGGGUCAUGUACGUCGGUACGAAGACAAAGGAAGGUGUGGUUUCUGGCGUGAACACAGUUGCUCAGAAGACGACUGAUCAGGCGAAUCUCGUGGGCGAAGCCGCGGUAGCUGGAGCCAAUGAGGUGUCAGGCAAGGCAGUAGAAGGUCUGGAGACUGUAGUGGCUUCUACUGGACUGGUCAACCCGGCUGAACCAUCCCAAACUGAAGAAGCAGCAGCUCCUGCUUCAGAUGCAGGACAGUAGAGUUGUUAUCUCUAAUCCAGUGGCUUCUUGACAUGGUCUGUUGGGUGUUCAAGAGGAUAAUAAGAGGAGAGUUCAUGUUAACUGCAGUCAGUUCCCAACUGUUACUUGUGUUUUGAUCCUUCCAACAGCAAAGCUUUUUAGUGUGACUUGAAAAGCACUUCCCAAAUAUUGAUAGCAUUGAUCUAUAAAUGGCUGGAGUUGGGAUGAAAUACUGGUAGUAUUACUGUAUAAUACCUGAAUGCCUUUCAUCUGAUGAAAAUCAAGACACAAAUCUCCCUCAAGAGCUAUUUAGUAUUUCAGUCAUUUGUACACUCCACUUAGUGUCUCCUCCCAGUUCCAUUAGUCACUUAGAAGAUGGUUUCUAGAAACUAAAAACUCCAAAUCAAUUCGGUCGACUCCACCUGCCUUUAUCAUUUGUCUCUCUUUGUCUUUCAUGAAGGUGUGUUCUUGGACUUCGUGUAAAACAACUACGUGUUAUUGUCCUCCGUCACUAAGCACACACAGAUCUACACUGUUCUCUGUCCUCAAUCGGCCUCAUCAAUACCUGCUUAUGCACAGGGUUCUAUCACAUACACACACACAUAUAAAUAUAAUCUAGAAAUAUAUAUAUAUAUAUAUAUAUAUAUAUAUAUAUAUAUAUAUAUAUAUAUAUAUAUAUAUAUAUAUAUUUAUACAGCACACACUUCGCUCUUGAGUCAGCUUGCACACCCAGUGUUAUAAACUUGCUGUACUUUGCUGUAUCAUCUUAAAGGCUUCCUGAACCCACGUGUCUUACUAAACCUAUGUACUAGUGCCUAAUACCUCAGAGCAGUCAAGCUUUCGGUUUUCAGAAAGGAAGUUCUAAACAUCUCUGCCUUCUUUGGAAUGUAAAACAAAUGUCCUCACAGAUUGAAGAGAGUUUCUGAAUUGAAACAAGACUGGAUGAAUAUAAUAAGAGAAAGCUCAAGCUCGGUUCACUGUCUGAGAACAAGUAACGCUAGUGAGCUGAGGAUACAACAAUCACAACUGUCUUCAAGUACUAAUCUGCCUGCUCUGGCAACCCUUUCUUAAUUAUCCUAGCACUUGUUCUGUAAAGCUGCUUUGUGACACUGUACAUUGUUAAAAGUGUUACACAAAUAAGUCGAAAUUGAAAUAUUAAAAAUGGAAACAUUCUUCAGAA